AUGAUGGGUAUUUUCGUCAUUUCAGUCUCAUGGAAAUUAAAAUCUUCUCUCUUUCCACUUCCUUUUCCUCUUUCUCCUCUCUCCAUCUCUCUUCUCUCUCUCUCUCCCGUUUUUCCUGUCAUGGCCGCCGGCGAUUUUUUCCGGGAAAACAGCAGAAAAAUCAGAGGUUGUGAUUCGUGGAAACGAUGUCAAUUUCGUUAAAUUCUGUAAAUAUCGUUAAACCCUUCAAUUUUGCUGAGAAAAUCUACUUGUUAAUUGAAACAACCCAUCUGGGUAAUCUCUGAUUUUAAACCAUCGUUCAUCGUUGUAUUGAAAUGGGUGAAGCUCAAAAUAAUCAUAUAACCCCGCAGAAGAACGGUCACCCGAGAGAUCUAAUGCAAAGAUUUAGACCCGGGAAUUAUUUUCCGAGAAAAUUAACAGCAGAUGAGGAGGAAGAGGAGGAAGAGGAAGAGAUAGAGCUGAGUCUUGGGCUUUCGUUGAAUGGUCGAUUUGGGAUUGACCCAAAGAGGGCAAAUACGAUGCUGACUCGUUCAUCUUCCAUAUCAGACUUCAUGUUGACCACCACCACCACCACCACCGACCACAACAACACGAAGGCGGCGCGUGUGGCAGAAGGGAUGGCGUAUGCGCCGCUGAUAAGGACGUGUUCGCUUCCUACGGAGACAGAAGAGGAGUGGAGGAAGAGGAAGGAGAUUCAGUCGAUGAGGCGUAUGGAGGCGAAGAGGAAGCGAUUGGAGAAGAUGAAGAAUGUGAGAACUACGGUGGUGAGAGAUCAGGUGGGAAUAAUGAUCAGUGGUGUGGAAGCCAAUGGUGAAGAAGAGUACGUUGUUAGUCAAGGCCCAGUGGCCGUGAAGGGUUCAACAAGAGGCGGCGGAGCGGACGGGUUGCCACCACAGCCGUCGUCGCAGGGUUCAAUUGGGUCCAGAGGGAGUGGGUCUUCUGGGAUUUCAGAAUCUGAGACUCAACCGACCCAUCCGCAAGGGAUGAACAUAUGCACAGAAGAUAGAAGCCCCACCAAUGACCAGUCUCUGCCAACGCAGAAUGAGCAAAAACCAAUAGUCACCGCCCCUGGAACAGCAACUGGGAAAUCAGUAAAGCUUGUGACGGAGAAUAGCAAAGCCAUCACGAGGAAUAUGAUGGCGGAUAUGCCUUGCGUAUCGACACGUGGUGUGGGGCCCAACGGGAAAAGAAUUGAAGGUUUUCUAUACAGGUAUAGGAAAGGAGAGGAGGUGAGAAUCGUGUGCGUAUGCCAUGGCAGCUUUCUCACACCGGCCGAGUUUGUGAAGCAUGCAGGUGGUGAUGAUGUGGAUCACCCUCUCAAGCAUAUAGUUGUUAGCCCUUCUCCACUCUUGUAAUGGCUAAUAAUGGCCAUGCCAACUCUUUUUAAGAAAAUGGUGAGGAACAAACAAGUAGCGCCUUUUGUAAUCUUUUCUUCUUUAUCUCUUCCAAUGUUUGAAAAAUUUUCUCAUCUUUCAAUGGAUUGGGAAGCCUUAAGGCAUUUACUGAAGCCUUAAUGUUGGGAAGGAUUAAAAAUGGUUAUAUAGGAUAGAAGAUAUCCUCAGGCAUAUAUGCUAAUAUAGUAUUCUAGUGUGCACCUGGCUUGUUGGGGAGGGAAAAUUAUUUGGUGGUUUUGAAGUUUUAUUGGUUAAUAUAGUGGGACUUGGUAUUUUUUGUCGA